CCUAAAACUUUGCCAACAGAUCCCCACCCUUCAUCGAGACUCUCUAACUCUCAACUCUUACACCUUCACUCUCGUCGAUCCAAUUCACUGACCUCAUGAAUCCAAAAUAGACACCACUCCCAUUCCUUCCACCACGAAACCCAAUUCCAAAGCUUUCUAAUUCAAUCUAACACCAGAAAAUCAAAUCUCCCCAUACUAAUAACAACUAACUAGCACCACGCAGAAACACAGUAAAUCGCAGUAACCAAUUAUGAGGUCCGUGAACCUCAACACAAGUUUCCUGUUCCACCAAGGCAGCAGAUCCAGAUCCCCAACUUUUCAUCUGUUCCACACACUCACUAAACUCCCCAUUUCUUCAAUUACCACAAAGAAGCCCCAAAAAGGGAAUUGAUUUUUUCCUUUUCCUUCGUUCUCGGUCUCCGUGGUGCUUACCAAAGAAGAAGUCCUCAAGGGCAAAGAAGAAAAUAAAGAGAGCGAGAAACCCGCUUUCAAUUUCAAGUCUUAUAUGGUCAAUAGAGCGAGAAACUUUGACAACCUCCCCUCGCUGCGCCAUUUUGAGGAUUUGAUGGUGACUCCCUUGGCGCUCACCGUCUAUCACGGAGAGAGCGCCGGAGCUGUCACGGAGGGAGCGCCGGAGCUUCUCCCGAAAGAGAAGGAUUCAGAAGGCGGCGAAGGUGGAAAGAAACAAGGACAACAAGGGAAGGCGUCAGAGGGAGAAGAACGAGCUAGCGAAUCGCCUUGUGAAACUGAGUCGCAGCGCGGCGUGAUGAAAAGUUCAGAUAAACCUCCGAAGGGGUCAAAUUCAGGAACCCUAGCUGCUGAAUCACCUGUUGUGAACAAUCGGAGUGAUGCAGAAUUGCAGGGGAGCCCUGCUACGCCGAAUAUGGAUGUCAAAGAUGAAAGGGUUUCAAUUUCUGAUGGUUACAGUUGGCGGAUGUAUGGUCAGAAGCAAGUGAAGAGUCCCACAGGAUCUCGAAGCUAUUACAGGUGUACUCAUUCAGAAUGUUCUGCAAAGAAGAUUGAAUGCAAUGAUGAUGUGGGUCGUGUAAUAGAUGUUGUUUAUAAAAGUCAACACAGUCAUGAUCCCCCACAUAAGCCCAAUUCUACAAGGGAAAGUAAGUUAGUGUCUUCCGAUGGCGCAAGUAUGGACAGAAAAUGGUGAAGGGGAAUCCACAUCCGAGGUAAAAAGGUUCACAAAUAUUUCCGAAACAAUUAUGUAUGAUCUAAGGGAAGGAAGUUUGAGAGGGCUAGAGGAAUGAGAAACAACAAAGGACUUAGGAUUUAAGUUGUAUUGUUUUUGUAUUUUUUUUAGUUUUUAGUUUUGGAAUUUGAACUCUAGAUUUAUUUUGUAUUUGAGUAUUAGUUUUUUAAUGUAUAAAACAAUUAUAGCA